AUGCCCGGCAGGCUGAUGGUGACAAUCGGGUCUCUGCUCUUCUGGGCUCUCGUGUACAGUUACUGCGGUCUCUGCGCCUGCCUCGAGCUGCUGAAACUUUUGUGGAGCCUCGGCACGAGGCCGGGCAAAACCUUCCAGUGGCUGAUCCGGGAGAACCCGCCAGGCUGCCUCAAUGACCCCUCCUUGGGCACUCACUGCUAUGUCAGGAUUAAGGAUUCUGGGUUAAGAUUUCACUAUGUGGCUGCUGGAGAGAGGGGUAAACCGCUUAUGCUGCUCCUUCAUGGCUUUCCAGAGUUCUGGUACUCCUGGCGUCAUCAAAUGCGAGAAUUUAAGAGUGAAUACCGAGUUGUGGCCUUGGAUUUGAGAGGUUACGGAGAAACAGAUGCUCCUGCCCACAGAGAGAAUUACAAGUUAGACUUCCUGAUUACAGAUAUAAAGGAUAUCUUGGAGUCACUUGGAUACAGCAAGUGUGUGCUGAUUGGACAUGACUGGGGUGGAAUGAUUGCUUGGUUAGCAGCUAUUUGUUACCCAGAAAUGGUGACAAAGCUGAUUGUUGUGAAUUUUCCACAUCCCUCUGUUUUUACAGAAUACAUUCUACGACAUCCAUCACAAAUGAUUAAAUGUGCCUACUACUACUUCUUCCAAAUGCCAUGGUUUCCUGAACUUAUGUUUACAAUAAAUGAUUUUAAGACUUUGAAAAACUUCUUUACCAGCCAGUCCAGUGGAAUUGGAAGGAAGGGCUGUAGGCUUACAGCAGAAGACAUUGAUGCUUAUCUUUAUGUAUUUUCCCAACCUGGAGCACUAACAGGCCCCAUUAAUCACUAUAGAAACUUUUUCAGUUGCCUGCCUCUGCAGCACCAUGAAGUCACUAUGCCUACUCUGUUGCUAUGGGGAGAAAGAGAUCCCUUUAUGGAAGUUGAGAUGGCAGAAAUCACGAAGAUUUAUGUGAAAAAUCAGUUUAGACUUACUAUUCUAUCAGAAGCCAGCCACUGGCUCCAACAGGAUCAGCCUGACAUCGUGAACAAACUGAUAUGGACUUUUCUGAAAGAAGAGUCAAGAAAAAGAGAAUGA